GAGGAAGAGGAGGAGAAGGAGGAGGAGGAGGAGGAAGGGGAGGAGGAGGAGAAGCGGGAGAGUCAGUGCGCGGCGGCAGCAGCGGCAGAGGCGGCAGCGUCGGGGACCAGCCCAGAGAGACCCCGAGCCCGCGGCAGAGGCGGCGGCGGCGGAGCAGGCAGCAGCAGCCCCAAAGAAACCAAACCGAGCAGCCCCAGCAGCAGCGGCGGCAGCAGCAACCACAACCCCGGCGGCGGCGGCAGCAGCGGCUCCUCCUCCUCCUCCUCCCAGCGAAAGCGGUUCCCCCGGCGCCCAGAGCGGGGCCCCGCGGAGAUAACCCCUCCUCCCCCCUCCCCACCCCGCCGGCACUCGUGAGGGGACGCACUGAGCUGGGCAGCGGAGGCAGCACCGGGAGCAGCGAGCGGCGGGAGGAGGAGGAGGACGACGACGAGGACAAGGCGGCGGGAGCAGCGGCGGCUCCGGGACCCACGUUGUGGGAGCAGCAGCCGCGGGAGGGAAAAGUGCCUGCGGGGGGUGGGGGGGGCAGAGCGGGCGGUUCGGUUUCCUGCGCUGUGGGGACAGUCGGCUUCCCCCCCUGCCCCCCCGUCUCCUCCUCCUCCUCCUCUUCCUCCCGUCCUCUUCCUUCCCCGCGGCGGGCGAAGAUUGCAGACCCUCCCGGAGCAGCCCCCGGCUUCUUGGGGCUCGCCCCCCCGCCCCCUGUGCCCCCCUUUUCUUCCGUGGCGGCGGGCGGUGUGAGCUGCGGGGCUUGGAAUAUGGUCGGGGAAAUGGAAACGAAGGAGAAGCCCAAGCCGACCCCAGAUUACCUGAUGCAGCUGAUGAACGACAAGAAGCUCAUGAGCAGCCUGCCCAACUUCUGUGGGAUCUUCAACCACCUCGAGCGGCUGCUGGAUGAAGAAAUUAGCAGAGUACGAAAAGACAUGUAUAAUGACACGUUAAAUGGGAGUACAGAGAAAAGGAGUGCAGAGCUGCCUGAUGCUGUGGGACCUAUUGUUCAGUUACAAGAGAAGCUCUACGUGCCUGUAAAAGAAUACCCUGAUUUUAACUUUGUUGGAAGAAUCCUUGGGCCCAGAGGACUAACAGCUAAACAACUGGAGGCCGAAACAGGGUGCAAAAUAAUGGUCCGAGGAAAAGGCUCAAUGAGAGAUAAAAAGAAGGAGGAACAAAACAGAGGCAAACCUAAUUGGGAGCACCUAAAUGAAGAUUUACACGUACUAAUCACUGUGGAAGAUGCUCAGAAUAGAGCAGAAAUCAAACUGAAGAGAGCUGUUGAAGAAGUAAAAAAUUUACUUACUCCUAAAGCAGAAGGAGAAGACAGCCUUAAGAAGAUGCAGUUGAUGGAACUUGCAAUUCUGAAUGGCACCUACAGAGAUGCCAACAUUAAAUCACCAGCCCUUGCCUUUUCUCUUGCAGCAACAGCCCAGGCUCCAAGGAUUAUUACUGGGCCUGCGCCUGUUCUCCCACCAGCUGCCCUGCGUACUCCUACGCCAGCUGGCCCUACCAUAAUGCCUUUGAUCAGACAAAUACAGACCGCUGUCAUGCCAAACGGAACUCCUCAUCCAACUGCUGCAAUAGUUCCUCCAGGACCUGAGGCUGGUUUAAUUUACACACCCUACGAGUACCCUUACACACUGGCACCAGCUACAUCAAUCCUUGAGUAUCCUAUUGAACCUAGUGGUGUAUUAGGUAUGGCUUUCCCAACGAAAGGCUAAGAAAUUCAAGAACGGUCUUAACUGAACCCUCAUCUGAUCUGAAUUUAACAAAUGCUUAGUUUCAGCAGCCUUGGAGGAAAAAAAAAAAGCUUAGCCUAGCAGUCAGUGACUUACUUGCACUUUUUGCACAUAGAUAUAAAAUAAAAUUAUGCUAAUUAAUUUGGUUUAGUCUGUACUAUGAAAAAGUAGCUGUAAUUUAUAAAGGAGUGUAUAGUAGUAAACUGACUGCUAAGUGUUCUAUACUAUUUGCUUUACUAAUCACCUAAUUCAUUGCAGUUCAUACUUAUUGACUCAAAGUUUAAAAUCACAGUCUGUAGGCUUUAAGAAUUGCUUUUAAACUUUUCUAAGUGGUAGAAACUGGAAGUGGUCUUAAGGUUAGCAAAUAAUUGUCAGUAUUAAAUAUGGCAUUAUUUAAUUAGUCCUGCGCCAAGAAAGGCACUUCAGUGAAUAUGUGACUAGUAAAGCUUAAAUGUGCUUGGGUCUAAUAGAUUUCAUGGAAUACUGUAAUUUGGAAAUCAUAAAUGAAUGGAUAAAACAGGUUAAGGCCAGAAUGUUUGAAAUGAAUGCAAUAUUAGUAUACACAAAUAUAUUCUACAUAUUAUAAUUAAGUUUUAAAACUACUGUGCCUUAACUUCUUUCUUUCUUUCUUUCUUUCUUUCUUUCUUUCUUUCUUUCUUUCUUUCUUUCUUUCUUUCUUUCUUUCUUUCUUUCUUCUUUCUUUCUUUCUUUCUUUCUUUCUUUCUUUCUUUCCUACAAACGAAUUUUUGUAGUAAAUGAACAUCCAUUUUGAUAAACCUGCUGUUAUGUUUGUUUUGGGGUUGUGUGUUUUUGUUUUUGUUCUUUUUGUUUGUUUGUUUCUUGGGUUGGUUUUUUUUGUGUGUGUGGUGUUUUUUGUUUUAUUACUAUUUUUUUUUAAUGAAUGUCUUCUAACUUUGUCUUGGUAAUUGCAAUUUAACUAGGUGCGGUGGCUACUAAAGUUCGAAGGCACGAUAUGCGUGUCCAUCCUUACCAAAGGAUUGUGACCGCAGACCGAGGUUAGUUUAGUUAUGCAGUUCUUGUGUAUAAGAAAUGCGUUGGGUAUACAUGAAAUUUGUAACACCAUGCCAGAGGAGUGUUAUGGUGGGGGUUUUUUUUUCCUGUGCACUUCUGCUUUCCCCACAAAUCUAAAAACAUUUGUAAUUUUAAAGACAUUUUUUUACUGUUUUGGCUUCUCCCAUCUUUAAACAUACUGAAUCAUAUAGGAUUAUCUAAUGUGAAAUGGUUUAUAAUAUCUAGCAAUAUAUAAAGGAAUCAUCCUUAGUUGGAGCUGUUAAAAUUUUGAUACUGACUUUUACACACACACACGCACACACACGAGAAUUUUUUUGUUUAAUCAUUUAAUUGACUCAAGUGUCUGUGUGGUGGUGCAAAAUAAAAUGGAUGGAUGGGUGCUUUAAUGAGCAGGAAGUAAAGGACCUUAUUCCUCCCAAGUACUUCUGAAGAAAACUGAAGAUUAAUUUUAUUUCCUUUUGUGAUAAAACUAUUUGAGCCACUGCAUAAACGUGAGGAAGUGCUUGUUGAGUACCUAACUGAAGUCAGCAAAGUAAGGACUGUGAAGAUUACUAUAGAAGGUAGUUGGAUUUAUAUGAAUCAGUAAAAGCAGUUUUCUUUUACUUUUUCAUUCUCUUGCUAAAAUGGAUCCUUUGACACCUAUCAUUUGCUGCUAAAAUACAUUGUCUGAAGGUAAAAUAACUUUUGAAGUUCUGCAGUGAAAAUAGAUCCAGUUAUUUGGGAUAUCCCUGUUGACUAAACUUUGGAGAAUAAGUCUUCAUUUUUCUCCUUUUCACCAUUAUAAUUUGCCACCUAUAGGUACCCUUGGACCCUUGCAUGAAUUGUAAAGUUUAUAUUGAGAAGUGUUGUUUUCGGUUUAUUGACAUUGGAUUAUUUUCUAAGGCUUUCUCACUACAAAAUAAGAUUCCCAAACGAGAUAGGAAAAUCAUUUUCUUCAGGCUUCUCAGAUGGGGCACAUUUGCUGCCUGACAAUUCAGUUGGUCACUUAUAAGUCUUUCUUAUCAGUGGCAAACAGGGACAGGGCCUACACUCCAAUUUUGUCAUCUGUGAACUUAUGAAGACCUACCUGCCUUACAUGGUCACCAUCCAUUCUGUAAUGUAUUCCACUAAAUUUGGACAGAGCCAUUGUCCAUACCAGAAUAGUAUGAUUUUCCAAAGAUAAAUGGUAAUGAUAUUUAUUUAGCCUCUUAUACUUAAACAGGCCUUGUAUACAAGUUACACAUAAUCGUGUCAUAAGAGAAAUGCAGCAAGAUCUCGGUAGUGAAUUGACCAUCCAUGAAGAUAACUACAGGUCAUUUUCCUAUGAAGUGUGUAAUAAUUUAAAAAAACCAUGCACACAUGUCUGCUUACAUCAAAACAAGGCUUUGUGUGGAAAAACAAAGUGUGACCUUUAUUUUUCUCGUCAAGGAAAAUAGAUAGUUUGACUCUUUUGGAGCUUUAUUCUUAUUGUUAGGAAACAUUUCAUGUAGAAUAUGAAAUAUUUUUUAAAAUAGCUUUUCAACUGUAAGAACACUAUUUCCAUGUAUGCCUCAAAUUUUAUUUCUUACACUUGUAUUUUGAAACAGUGCUGGCAUACAUGCUAUUCCUGAACCUUGAGGUGGUUAAUGAGCAGAUUAAAGGAAAAUUACAGUGUUAUUUGGGAAUUGUCAACACAUUCCAUGUAUAGCUGUUUUGUAAUUAUGUAUGUGUUGAUUAGUUUUGUUACUGAUUUAAUUCAAAAUGCAAUGUCAGCAAACCGAAAUACUAAUUUUUAAUAGCAAUACUUGUACACCACUGUCAUGUCACCCACUACAAACCUGUCAGUCAUUGGGUCUAAGGAGUAUAGCUAAAAUAACUCAAAUUAUUUUAUGAUACUACUGGAUUGUUUGGGUUUAUUGUUUGUUCUUUUGUUUUUAAUCCAAUGUAUAGAUUUAGAGGUAGAAUAAGCAUUACAUAUAAUGCAAAGAAACUCAGCCCUUGGACAUGUCAAACUGUGUUAUCCUUAUAAGCAUGCCUUUUGGAAUUGGUGAAGGUUUGACUAGUACAAUUUUACUAAGAAUAAGACCCAACUAUAAAUAAAACAAAACUGGAUUUGAUUCCUGUAACAGGCCGACUGACUUUUAAUUGUAAUGAAUUGUAAAUGGUGUUGCACACUUGAUAAACCUGUGUGUACUGUAGAAGGCCAGGGACUUGGCAGAGGAUGUAUCCCAGGUGUACUGGUGUCAUUAAUUGGUAGCUUGUUUUGGUUAUAUACUUCACAAAAAGUAAUGCCAAGAACUUUCUGAUGUUUUUGCAGAAAUUUUCAUUCACUUAAUUUAUAUAAAAUGUAAUACCAUUUAAUCAAAAUUAUAAUCUGUAUCAAGCAAUGCUUUAAGAUUCUGUAUUUCUAGAAUCUCUGUAAAGUGGUAAAAUUGUGCCACAUUAAAUAUUUAUUUUUUCUUUGUUCUUGGAACAGCCGUUUUUAAUUUAAACAAAAUCCCAAGUAAUAGAAUUUUGAAGAAUUUCAGGGAAGAUGCGGUCACAUUGAAGUUAGCAUAAUGAUUUUAAUGUUUAUAAAUUGUAUCCUCAAUGGUAGACCAUAGAAACCAUUUUAAUUAUAUGAAGGUAAAUCAGCCCAUUAUUUAGGUCAUUUAAAUUCUUAUCUGUGAACAUUAUACCUACUGGAUUUCAUUUUAUAAAAUGGCACAGAUCUGACUUUGCACUGAAUAUAUUUCUCACUUUCAUCUCCUCUGCCUUAGUCAUAAUGGCAACAGUACAAAAUACUCUAUCAAACCUCAGAAUUUGUUAGAUUUUAAUUAAGCUGUUGAAUAAGUCUUAAAAUAAAAUCAUACUACUGUUAAAGUGGACCAAGUUGAAGCAGAAUGUGAUAGAGGAUGAUUAAGGAAGGAAGAGCUCAAGGACAUUGGGAAUGAUAACUUUUCCACUUGAGAAUUUUUUAUGUUUUACUGUAAUUUUUUGUUUUGUUAUUUUGCAAAAGAAAAUAGUAUUUACAGGUGGCUUCUUUUAAAAUAUAAAAGUAUAAAGCAGGAAUGUAUAUGAAAUGUCAGAUUCUAUUGUAUUUGCAGAGUAUUAGCUUUGAAAUUGAAUAAAGAGAGCUGUUUGUAGUUUUAAAAUGCCAUAUUAGUAUCAAUUAGAAAUUUCCUCUAUUUUUUGAUGUAUCUAGAGCUUUUUAAGUAUAGAAUUUUAAAUGGCAGGACUUUACAGUGUUUACAUGCAAGUGCAUUUUAUAAGUGUUCUAUAUGUGUAAAAUAGUAUUUUCAACUGGAAAGAACUGGCUUGAGCACAAGGCUUGGCCUUUUCCUGGUUCCCAUGAUGAUGCCUACACUGCUAGACUACAGUUUAGUACUGCUUUGUAUCAUGAGGCCAAGGAUUUCCAUGUUGUUUGUAAAUAGAAUAAUUGAAAAGCAAUAAAAAUUUUAUUGAACAAAAGAAA